AUGACGGUCGGCUGCGUCCAUCAUCUGAAAUAUGAAGCCAUCAUCAUCAUCAUCAUCAUCUUCAUCAUCAUCGUGUUUCCUGGGGACAACAUGAUCACUUUCAUGAAGAAGGAGCUGAAGAAGAUCCAGAAGCUUCUGAGUCCAGAUUACCCAGAAUGCUCAGUGUUGGAGGGUGAGGAUGAGGAGCAGAGGAAGAGCAGCAGAGAGGCGUUAGUGAAGAUCACAGUGGACUUCCUGAGGAGGAUGAAGCAGGAGGAGCUGGCUGAGCGUCUGCAGAGCAAACUUUGUGGCUGUAAACUAAAAUGUGGUCUAAAGAAGAAGUUCCAGUGUGUGUUUGAGGGGAUUGCUAAAGCAGGAAACCCAACCCUUCUGAACCAGAUCUACACAGAGCUCUACAUCACAGAGGGAGGGACUGCAGAGGUCAAUGAUGAACAUGAGGUCAGACAGAUUGAAACAGCAUCCAGGAAACCACACAGACCAGAAACAACCAUCAGACAAGAAGACAUCUUUAAACUCCCACCUGGAAGAGAUGAACCAAUCAGAACAGUGAUGACAAAGGGAGUGGCUGGCAUUGGGAAAACUGUCUUAACACAGAAGUUCACUCUGGACUGGGCUGAAGACAAAGCCCACCAGGACAUCCAGUUGACAUUUCCACUGACUUUCAGAGAGCUGAAUGUGCUGAAAGAGAAAAAGUUCAGCUUGGUGGAACUUGUUCAUCACUUCUUUACUGAAACCAAAGAAGCAGGAAUCUGUAGCUUUGAAGAGUUCCAGGUUGUCUUCAUCUUGGACGGUCUGGAUGAGAGUCGACUUCCUCUGGACUUCCACAACAAUGAGACCCUGACUGAUGUUACAGAGUCCACCUCAGUGGAUGUGCUGCUGACUAACCUCAUCAGGGGGAAACUGCUUCCCUCUGCUCGCCUCUGGAUAACCACACGACCUGCAGCAGCCAAUCAGAUCCCUCCUGACUGUGUUGGCAUGGUGACAGAGGUCAGAGGGUUCACUGACCCACAGAAGGAGGAGUACUUCAGGAAGAGGUUCAGAGAAGAGGAGCAGGCCAGCAGGAUCAUCUCCCACAUGAAGACAUCACAAAGCCUCUACAUCAUGUGCCACAUCCCAGUCUUCUGCUGGAUCACUGCUACAGUUCUGGAGGAUGUGCUGGAAACCAGAGAGGGAGGAGAGCUGCCCAAGACCCUGACUGAGAUGUACAUCCACUUCCUGGUGGUCCAGACCAAAGUCAAGAAGGUCAAGUAUGAUGGAGGAGCUGAGACAGAUCCACACUGGAGUCCAGAGAGCAGGAAGAUGAUUGAGGAUCUGGGAAAACUGGCUUUUGAUCAGCUGCAGAAAGGAAACCUGAUCUUCUAUGAACCAGACCUGACAGAGUGUGGCAUCGAUAUCACAGCAGCCUCAGUUUACUCAGGAGUGUUCACACAGAUCUUUAAAGAGGAGAGAGGACUGUACCAGGAGACGGUGUUCAGCUUCAUCCAUCUGAGUGUUCAGGAGUUUCUGGCUGCUCUUCAUGUCCGUCUGACCUUCAUCAAGUCUGGAAUCAACCUGAUCGGAGAGGAACCAACAAGGAAGGAGACAAAGCUCUACCAGAGAGCUGUGGACGAGGCCUUAGAGAGUCCAAAUGGACACCUGGACAUGUUCCUCCGCUUCCUCCUGGGUCUUUCACUGCAGACCAAACAGAAUCUCCUACAUGGUCUACUAACACAGACAGGAAGUAGCUCACAGACCAAUCAGAAAACAGUCCAGUACAUCAAGGAGAAGAUCAGUAAGAAUGUGUCUGCAGAGAGAAGCAUCAAUCUGUUCCACUGUCUGAAUGAACUGAAUGAUCGUUCUCUAGAGGAGGAGAUCCAUCAGUUCCUGAGAUCAGGACGUCUCUCCACAGAUGAACUGUCUCCUGCUCAGUGGUCAGCUCUGAUCUUCAUCUUACUGUCAUCAGAAGAAGAUCUGGCCUUGUUUGACCUGCAGAAAUACUCUGCUUCAGAGCAGGCUUUUCUGGGGCUGCUGCCAGUGGUCAAAGCCUCCAGCAAAGCUCUACUGAGCAGCUGUAACCUGUCGGAGAGAAGCUGUGGACCUCUGUCCUCAGUCCUCAGCUCCCAGUCCUCCAGUCUGACAGAACUGGACCUGAGUAACAACGACCUGCAGGAUCCAGGGGUGAAGCAGCUGUCUGCUGGACUGAAGAGUCCAAACUCCAAACUGGAAACCCUCAGGCUCAGUGUAUGUAACCUUUCAGAGAGAAGCUGUGCAGCUCUGUCUUCAGUUCUCGGCUUCCAGUCCUCCAGUCUGAGAAAACUGGACUUGAGUAACAACGACCUGCAGGAUCCAGGGGUGAAGCAGCUGUCUGCUGGACUGAGGAGUCCCAGCUGCAAACUGGAAACUCUCAGCCUGUCAGGAUGUCUGAUCACAGAGGAAGGCUGUGCUUCUCUGGCCUCAGCUCUGACCUCCAACCCCUCCCAUCUGAGAGAGCUGGACCUGAGAUACAACCAUCCAGGAGACUCAGGAGUGAAGCUGCUGAUGGCUGCACUGAAGGAUCCACACAGACUCAGGGUGGAACCUGCUGGAGAUCGAUGGCUGAGACCAGGUCCAAGCAAGUAUUUCUUUCCACUCACAGUCGACGUCAACACGGUGAGCCGAGUCCUGAAGCUGUCUGAGGACAACAGGAAGGUGACACAUGUGGCGGAGCUUCAGUCCCAUCCUGAUCAUCCAGACAGAUUUGAUGGCCGCUGGCCUCAUCUUCUGUGUGGAGAUGCUCUGACUGGUCGCUGCUACUGGGAGGUGGAGUGGAGAGGGGAUGUUGAUAUAUCUGUGAGUUACAGAGGAAUCAGCCGAAGAGGAGACACUAAAGAGUGUGUGUUUGGAUGGAACGACCAGUCCUGGAGUCUGGACUGCUCUGCUGGUUGUGGCUACUCUGUCUGGCACAAUAAGAAAGGCACACCCAUCUCCUUCUCCUCCUCCUCCUCCUCUGUUGCUAACAGAGUAGCUGUGUAUGUGGACUGUCCUGCUGGCUCGCUGUCCUUCUACAGAGUCUCCUCUGACUCACUGAUCCACCUCCACACCUUCAUCACCACAUUCACUCAACCCCUCUAUGCUGGAUUUACACUCUGGUCUGGUUCCUCAGUGUGUCUCUGUUGAGUACAAAAUAUUUAAUCCUGUCAGAGAAACUUUGGGUACAAGUCCAAUUCCAAACAAGUUGGAUGUUUAAAACGUAGAUAGCUGCAGAACGAACUGCUCAAUGUUAAACUGGGCAGAGGUUCAUCAGUCGGGUAGGGCAUCGUUUGAAUUUGAACGAUUCCGGUUCUGGUUCCUAGCGAUUCUCCAUUCCGAUUCUUUUAAGAGGCAGGGUCAGAAAAGUUUACAUGUUUUAAAUGAGCUAGCUAACCAAACGUUUCUCUGGAUGAAAUAGUCUGAAUUUCUUCAUGAACUUUUUACUUUUUAUGAACUUACUAGGAAUCUUUCACAGGGUUGGUUUCAGCAAAUAUAUAAAUAUCAAAUGUAUGAACUUAAAUAUAAACAAACGCAGGUUGAAGCUCCAUCAUUGAGCCUUUUAAAUCAGAUUCUCACAAACAAAAUACACACUAAACAUUUCAUGUGCAGUUUUACUCAUUCAGGAGUUGUUGUUAUUAAUUCUAGAUGAAUAUCAAGCCUGUGUGCUCGAACACACACAUCUUAACUGGCAUUUAUUUAACUCUAUAUCCACUAAAGAAGGAAGCUGUGAUCCUUCCUGGAUCCAGAUGUUGUUUUUCUGUCUGUUUCCAGUCAAAGCUUCACAGUGAAAAGUUGCAGUUUGUGUUUAAGUGGGACCAUUGAGUUUGCUGUAAAGAUCCAUUUCCAGGUGUCCAUGCUGACUUCCUGUUAGUCUGACGCUGCUCAGGAACUCGGUUCUGGUUCCCAAAUGUUGAUGAAUGUUGUUGAACACUCAGGGCUUAACUGACGGCUUGUUCUGGGUUUUGUUUGGAGUUUUUUUUUUUUUUUUUUUUGCUUGUGUAAAAUCUUUGUUCUGUUAACAGAGGUUUUAGAUUGUUGCUGAAAUAAAUUGAGUUUAAAUUUUCA